AUGAUGCACAGAGAAUCCUGCGCGUGUGACACAGACAGUUUGGAACUGUUUAAAGUUCCCCCGACAAACGUCACUUUAGAAGACUCUAAAUGGAUGGAAUAUCAUCCGAUUUCCAGUACGUUAAAUUCGGAUACGGCUCCGAUUGAAUUCGAAAUCAAAGGUCAAGAAGAUGAAUAUCUGGAUUUAUCUCAAUCGUAUCUCCAGAUGGUCUGUAAAUUCACCAAAGCAGACGGGACGGCUCUCACGGGAGCCAAUUCUACUUCCACCCCGGUCAAUAACAUCUUACAUUCCUUAUUCAAUGAAAUCGAUGUGAGUCUCAAUGGCAAAGUCAUUACCCCAGGAACGGAUACUUAUCCGUACAAAGCCUACUUGGAAAAAUUACUGUCUUAUGCCCUCAAAACUCUGAAAACUCAGAUGAGAGCCUGUACCUUGUGGGAAAAAGAUACCGCGGGUCAAAUGGACGAUCAUGAGUAUUCUGCUCUGGUUCAACCUCCAAAGGAAUUCGCCGUAGCUGAUAAUAAAGUCACCAUCAAUGCAAUGCUACCGACACCAAUAUAUCCCGAGGAUUCUAAGAAUGUGGGGUUGAGAAAACGUCACCACAAAAUAAAGGAAAUUGUCUUGAUGGACCGUUUACAUCUGGAUUUGUUUCAGCAAGAAAAAUGUCUGCCGAGCGGAUUAGACGUACGUCACCGAUUCAAUCGUGCCAGACCCCAAUUCUACAUUAUGACCGACGUCGGUAGUAGUGGGAAAGUAGUCAUUCAAAGUAUGAUCUUGUGGGUGAGAAAAGUCAAACCGACUCCAACGAUCAUCAAUCUGAUCAAUCAACAACUGAGUACUCAAACAGCUAAAUAUCCAUUGAGAAGAGUGGAAGUGAAAACGUUCACGAUUCCCACCGGGACCCAAUCGAAAAUCACCGAUCACCUAUUCCAAGGCCAGAUGCCCAAACUCAUCCUCUUGGGGUUUGUGGAGAACGCCGCCUUUAACGGAGAUAAAAAUCCGUUUAAUUUCCAAAAUCAGAAAGUAAAAAAAUUAGAAGUCAGUACCAAUGGAGACAUGAUGGAAACUCGUCCCCUGGAACCUAAUUUCACGGAGGAUCAGUAUCUGCGAUCGUAUUUAAGUCUGUACAAAGGAUUGGGAAAAUUAGGGCAAGAUUGGGCUCCCGACGUUACUCUGGAAGAAUAUAAAAACGGUUACACCCUAUGGUGUAUGGAUUUCACCAAAGAUCAAGAAGCUCAGACGGAUAAAUUUCAUCUCAUACAAACAGGUAACCUGAGAGUAGAAGUACAAUUUGCCGUCAACAUAGCGACGACCUUAAACUGUGUGGUGUAUGCCGUCUUUGAUAAUUUGCUAGAAAUCAACAAACAACGAGAAGUCAGCAUCGAUUACUGA